GGGAAGCGCUGAGGUAGGGAGAGGACUGGCGGUCCUUUCCGGAAUGGCCCUUUCGUGGCUGGGUGUUAGGCCCACCCUAAGCACUGUGUGUUCAGAAGGCCCAGGGGCCGCAGCUUAGCGCCAGUCAUUGUUCCCGGGGCUCAGAGCCAGCUCCAGAGCCGGGAACUCGGAGCGACAGUUGCCGGAGAGGUGGCGGCGGAAAGGGUGGGGGAAAGCGGCCACGUGAGCGCCACGCCGUGCGCCAGCCCGCAGCUGCUCCGCCCUAGUCGGCUGCAGCUGCCCAGCCCAGCCCCAGCCUCGGUUACAGCCUCAGCUCGGCUCCUGCCCUGAUCCAACGCUCACUGGCCCGGUACUGCAGCUGCCUCUGCCCGGCUCGCUGUAGUCUGCACUCGCGUUCCUGGCAAGCCCCCACUCAGCGUUUCAAGGUCGUCCCAGCUGCUCCGAGCGCCCCUGGUGCCCUGGGAACGAUCUAUCCACUCCGUGCGGCUCCCGCUGCGUUUCCGGAGCGCCGGCCUGUGCGCCCGCUCGCUGCUCCCCGGUACUGUCGGGGGGCCCGCCCGCCUGCACCCUGGAGCGCCGGACCGCGAGCCUCUGCCAAAUCCUCUGGAUUCUCGCUGCUGUGGGCAGCGGCUGCAGCGCCUGUCCGCCCGAGGGAGAAUAGAAACCCUGUAUGCUGGGAGAGCAGCAAAGGCCACAGGAGAAGCAGGCGGGAGGCCAGAUGAACGCAGCCCUCAUAGCUGUAACAAGGACCUUUGCCACUGCAUUUGCCCUGUAACUCUGGCUGUACUAUAUACCCGUUGGGUAGAACGGGCACCCCAGGAACAUGGCAGACGAAGACCUCAUCUUCCGCCUGGAAGGCGUUGAUGGCGGCCAGUCCUCCCGGGCUGGCCAUGUUGGUGAUUCUGACAUGGACAGCGAUGAUGACGAGGGUUACUUCAUCUGCCCCAUCACUGACGACCCCAGGUCAAACCAGAAUGUCAAUUCCAAGGUUAAUAACUACAAUAGCAACCUAACAAAAACUGAGCAGUAUGGCUCUAGUGGGUCUCCAGCAAGCUCCUUCCACUUCAAGGAAGCCUGGAAACAUGCCAUUGAGAAGGCCAAGCACAUGCCCGACCCCUGGGCUGAGUUCCACCUUGAAGACAUUGCCACAGAGUGUGCUACUCGGCACAGGUACAAUGCUGUCACUGGGGAAUGGCUACAAGAUGACGUUCUGAUCAAGAUGGCGUCUCAGCCCUUCGGCAGAGGAGCCAUGAGGGAGUGCUUCAGGACGAAGAAGCUGUCCAACUUCCUGCAUGCCCAGCAGUGGAAGGGAGCCUCCAACUACGUUGCAAAGCGCUACAUCGAGCCCGUGGGCAGGGAUGUGUACUUUGAGGAUGUGCGUCUACAGAUGGAGGCCAAACUCUGGGGGGAGGAAUAUAAUCGGCACAAGCCCCCCAAGCAGGUGGACAUCAUGCAGAUGUGCAUUAUCGAGCUGAAGGACAGGCCGGACAAACCCCUCUUCCACCUGGAGCACUACAUUGAGGGCAAGUACAUCAAGUACAACUCCAACUCAGGCUUUGUUCGUGAUGAGAACAUCCGCUUGACGCCGCAGGCCUUCAGCCACUUCACAUUUGAACGUUCUGGCCAUCAGCUGAUAGUAGUAGACAUCCAGGGAGUGGGCGACCUUUACACUGACCCACAGAUCCACACCGAAACAGGCACUGACUUUGGAGACGGCAACCUAGGUGUCCGAGGAAUGGCACUCUUCUUCCACUCCCAUGCCUGUAACCGGAUUUGCACAAGCAUGGGGCUUGCUCCCUUCGACCUCUCGCCACGGGAGAGAGACACAGUGAAUCAGAACACCAAGCUGCUGCAAUCAGCCAAGACCAUCUUGAGGGGGACAGAGGAAAAGUGUGGAAGUCCCCGAGUAAGGACCCUCUCUGGCAGCCGGCCCCCUCUGCUCCUUCGCCUUUCAGAAAACUCUGGAGAUGAGAACAUGAGCGACGUGACCUUUGACUCUCUCCCUUCCUCCCCGUCUUCAGCCACACCACACAGCCAGAAGCUGGACCAGCUCCAUUGGCCAGUGUUCAGUGAUCUUGAUAACAUGGCACACAGAGACCAUGACCAUCUGGACAACCACCGGGACUCUGAGACUAGUGGGGACAGUGGAUACCCCAGUGAGAAGCGGGGUGAGCUGGAUGACCCCGAGCUCCGAGAACAUGGCCACUCAAACAGCAGUCGGCGGUAUGAAUCUGAUGAAGACAGCCUGGGCAGCUUUGGAAGGGUUUGUGUGGAGAAGUGGCAUCUCCUCAACUGCUCUCGCCUCCACCUGCCAAGGGCUUCAGCUGUGGCUUUGGAAGUACAAAGGCUUAAUGCUCUGGACCUUGAAAAGAAAAUUGGGAAGUCAAUUCUGGGGAAGGUUCAUCUGGCCAUGACACGCUACCAUGAGAGCAGGCGCUUCUGCGAGAAGGAUGAGGAGUGGGACCGUGAGUCAGCAGUCUUCCAUCUGGAGCACGCAGCUGACCUGGGCGAGCUGGAGGCCAUCGUGGGCCUGGGGCUCAUGUACUCACAGCUGCCCCACCACAUCCUGGCCGACGUCUCCAUGGAGGACACGGAACAGAAUAAAACAAAAGGAUUUGAUUACUUACUAAAGGCAGCUGAAGCUGGUGACAGACAGUCCAUGAUCCUCGUGGCACGAGCUUUUGACAUUGGGCAAAACCUCAGCCCAGACAGGUCCCAAGACUGGGUGGAGGCCCUGCACUGGUACAAUGCUGCCCUGGAGAGGACCGACUGCGAUGAGGGUGGUGAGUACGAUGGGAUGCAAGACGAACCCCGGUACAUGCUGCUGGCUAGGGAGGCCGAGAUGCUGUUCAUGGGUGGCUGCGGUCUGGAGAAGGACCCACAGAGAUCAGGGGACUUGUACACCCAGGCGGCAGAAGCAGCCAUGGAAGCCAUGAAGGGCCGGCUAGCCAACUUGUACUACCAGAAGGCAGAAGAGGCUUGGGCUCAGAUGGAGGAAUGACCUACAGGAGGAUCCCUGUCAGCUAGUCCCAAGCCAACAGGCUAGGAGGACACACACACAAAGAUUUAUUUACUUUGGAGAAGGAAAGCAUUUCUCGUGUGUUGUAAAUCAACUUUUGUAUUUCAUUUUUUAAUUCUUCCAAAUGUCUUGGCUACUAGCAGAGACAUUAUAGCUGUCCCCUGGGGCAGUAGUUUGGGGGGAGUGAGGAUGAAAAAAGCAGCCUAAUGAACCAACAUAUCUUUUCUAGAUUCUAUUUUUAUUUCCUUCUUUUGUCAUGAAAUGUAAGAAAGUGCUCUUUGCCUUGGAUGGACAAUAUUAGGGCUCUGCUUUUCAGGCUGGACUGAAAUCUCAGGCCCACAGAGCCCUGUGUUUUGUAAAUCAGGAAGGGGAAUCUAGAGGGGCGCAGUAACUUUCUGGGGGAUGCAUAUUGUUAUAACUUAGUGUAAAGUCUUCUUCCUCGAGGCAUUUGGAAGUGUGCAUGGCAUUUUUCAGUGGAUGUGAAAUUGUACAAUACCCAGACCCCCUACUGCUUCAGGGAUGGGCUCACCUACUGGCUAUUUUCUAACCCUUUAAUUCAACUUCCUCCCACAUGCUACUGAUUUUCUGGCCUAUAGCCAAAUGCUGUUUUUUAAGCAUGCUUUCUACAGUGGGCUUUACAAAACAGUUUUGAUUUUUGUACGCGCACAUUUACUACCUCUAACUCCUAUAUCAGCUAGUGUGGAAGAGGGUGCACCUCAAAGCUUUUACAUGUAAGGACAGUGGCUUGGAAUAUUGGAACCCUUCCUCCCAAGCUGACAUGUACUGUGCAUCUCAGUGGCAGCAUCCACAACGUGACUAAAGUGUUCCUUGUCCAGUAUUCCUCAACAUUUUCUUAGCAUCCAAUGUUAUGUAGAAUCUGUUCCCCAAUCCCUGUUUGGGGGAUUUUCUGCUUGAAGCUGUGUUGAUUUUUUUUGGUAAUUUGCAGCAGGAUGCUUUCAGCAGCAGCCCACUGAGAUUUAAUCUAAGAUGUCUGAGAAUGAAAGGGCAAGAACUAUAAACACUCAUUAAUUCAAGUAGUUCCCUAGGGCCAGGCUAUGGUUAUCUUUAUUUAACAAGCUUUUCCUUUAAAUGGAGUUUUGAUUUCAUGUGAGGGUGAUUUCAUUUGGUGUUUCAAAAUAGCAAACAGAAUGCUUUAAUCAACUCCAAAUACUAAAGCAGCCUCUCUUUCUUUCUUUAAAAAUCAAAACAUAGAAAAGCAGAGUAUGACAUAUAAACCUUUUUUUUUUUUUUUUGAGACAGGGUGUCACUAUGUUGCCCAGCCUAGAGACCAGUGGCAUGAUCAUAGCUCAUCGCAGCCUCAAAUUCCUGGGCUUAAGUGAUUCUCCUGCCUUCCGCUUUCUGAGUAGCUCACACCACCAUACCUGGCUAAUUUUUAAAAUUUUUGUAGAGACCAGAUUUCUCUAGGUUGCCCAGACUGGUCUCAACCUCCUGGCCUCAAGCGAUCCUUCUGCCUCAGCUUCCCAAAAUGCUGGGAUUACAGGCAUAAGCCACUGCUUCCGGUCAGCUAUUCUUAUUUGUUUAUUAAAACAGGUUUUCCAGCACUUUAGUGUUGAGUGCUGUGGAGUCAUGAACCUGUGCAGGGAUUAGGUUCCAAAGUCUAGAGUGUACCAUUAAAGGAACAAUCAAGUGGCAUCUAAAUUACCCUUCAGAUUGCUUAGACCAACCAUAAGUGACAGUGUCCCUGGUUUUUUUAUAUGGAUUCAUCAUGACCAGAUUUCCUUAGAAGUUGAAAUUGAUCAGCCCUUUGUUAUCUGUACCAGAUCAGUAGUUUGUAAAGGUAUCUGAAUGUGUCCGUGUUAAACCAGUGCAUUAUAGUUAAAUUGCGUAUAAAUGUAAGAAGCUACUUUAUUGUGACUUAUUUCUUCAAAGUAGUCAAACCUCAUAUUAUUCAUGCUUUUUGUUAAUUCAUCCAGCCUCCUCUCUGAGAUAUUGUUAUGCAAAUAACUUGUAUUCCCAACUAAUUUCUUAGUUAUAUGUCAUCUCUUCUUUAGUAGGAAUUGGCAAACAUUUUUGUAAAGGACUAGAUAGGUUUUACAGGCCAAAGGCCUCUGUUGGAACUAUUCAACCUGGCUGUGCAGUGUAAAUCAGCCAUGGACAAUAUGUGAACAAAUGAGUGUGGCUGGUGUUCCAGUUAAACUUUAUUUGCAAAAACAGUUGGCUUCCCUGGGCUGUAGUUUGUCAGCCCUGCUCUAACUAUUGACUGAGGGCUACUUUAUUAAGGCCUGGGGGCUGGAGCUAUCUCAACUUUCUGGCCUUCAGUGCUCCAAAAAACAGUGCUUUGACACAGAGUAGUUACUCAACAAAUGUAUGAACAAAUGGAAAGUCAGUCCUAGUCACUGCACUUACUUUUUGAGGCUAUAGUUCCUCCAAGCAAUGAAUGAUUAUUUGUCUGCACUGGCUUGAACCCUCAGCCCCAUCAUCCCAUUCCCCACCCACCCAGCUACCCACAUGACCUUAAUGUGUCAGUAGUUGGUCUCCUCCUCUGGGAGGCUGUGGUGGGCUGAAUGUGGAGUUAAGCAAAUACUUCUUUAAGGAUCCUUGAGAAUAAAAAAGUACUUUGUAAGAUACUGUAUCAUUCUAAGCCAGCAGAUGAACUUAACUCCACUUUCAAAACCUUGUUUUGUGGGCAGCGCCUACUCAAAGGAGUAGGGUGCUGGCCCCAUAUGCCAGAGGUGGCAGGUUCAAACCCAGCCCUGGCCAAAAACUACAAAAACAAACAAACAAAAUACUUGUUUUGUGCCUUCUAAAGUUGUCUAGGCCAUCAUCAUUUUCCAAAAAUUCUGAGCAUGCCCCCCACACACAAAAGCACAUCCAGGAUAUUCCAGCCCAGCUGGGACAACAUCAGAAACUAUCUUCAAGUGCAAGAAGUCCAGGAGAUUAGCAAAGCAGAUAUGUAAUUAUCAUCUGGUACUUUCAUUUAACUAACAGAAACCAGGGUUAUUCCAGGCAGAUUAUUUCAUAGUUGACACUGGUAGGUAGGGAAUAAGCUAAAGCUAGUGUUUGAGAGCUGCUGUUACUUAGAGGCUCCUGGGAAUGUAAUUUAAAGUUAAACCAGAGUUUAAUGACCCUUUUAGUUUUGCUAUAGGGAACAGAAAAAGAACAUAAACAAAGAAAUAAAUAAAUGCCAGGCUGUCCAGAUAUAAGUAAGAAGAGAAAAAACAACCAAACCCCAGUGCUUCUGAAUAUUCCUGUUCUCCCCCUCACCUGAGGCACUGUGGGAAUGUAUCAGAUGCAAUCUUGAUGCACAAAACCAGGGAAACUACUGUUGUUGCUGUUGUAGUGAUUUUAUUUCUUUUAAUCCCAGCACAUUUACCUGCAGUACAAGACAUGUUUUACAAAUCAACUAAUGUUUACACAGAAUAUACAGCUUAUUGGGGGGAAGGAGACAAAAUAUGCAUAUUCUCUGCUUGGAUUUUUGCCUCUGUGUUUCUAGUCUCUGAGGUAACCAUUGGACCUACUCCAGGUGAUAAUCAGUGGGACCCAGAGAAGUGGCCUGUUACAGAUUUAUUUUGGCAUAUGUACUGAGUUCUAUUUUGACUUUCCAAAUAAAGUGGUUUCUUUCUUU